AGGGAGGAAGGAGGACAGACCUUUUUGCCUUAUCUCAACAUCACUUCAAGGGUUUCUUUUCUUAAAACGGAUUGGCCAAUUUCUCCGUGUUGUUACUUAAAUAAAACAACUUUUCCAACUCAAGAUUAGCGCCAUACACGAAGGAAUAUUUUACUGUCACAGUUUGGAUUUGAAAGUUUCAAUAAAUGAUGGAUUUGAGGAGUUUAGUAGGCCUACCUGCUGUUCUGCUACUCUUCGGUGUGGUCACUGUGUUCGCGCAAACUGCCGAACCCAGCGUAGGUGAGUCAGUGGCACUUCUUUUGUUGUUUUUCUUAACCAUUGAUUUAUUGUCGCUUAUAAAUUAUUUUGAUCUAUAUGACAAAAAAAUAUUAUAGAUCAUACUGUUGGCUAUAGUUAGUCUAUGACAUUAAUCACCGAAAAUACAGCUGGUAGUGGAGUUCUCUCAAACCAGAAAUUCCCCGAUUUCACGUUGUAGCCUAUUUCACAGUGAAUUUGCCUUUAGGUAAAACACAAAAUGACUUAAUGCUUGUUUUCAAUUCCUUUAUAAUGAUGUAAUUUAGACUGUCAUCAGCCUUAUAAAAUUUAGAUUAUUAUAUUCAGACAAUGGCUCUUUAAUUUCAAGUGUCUUGGUAGAUUGGUAAAAUAUUUGGCCUAUUCACUGUCAGGGAGUUGUUAAACGCUUGUGUAACUGAAACCUCUUAGCAGGAACAAUGGAUUGUUUUCAGUUCCUUCUCAGACACAUUUCAGUAGUUAGAAUCAUGACUGGCUGGCCCAUUUAACUGUUAAGUGUUUGGGUGAAACUAGUUAAAGUGCCAAAAGAGACACCUGUUCUCCAUCUUGGAAGAUUCCUUUUUGAAUUUUUGCCCCAUAGAGACCAGACUACCAGACUACCAGGCUUCCGUUUCUUAUCUGGAGCCAUAGAACUAACUACCAGAAUGUACACAAACGAUUCUGUAGAAUCAUACAGUCAAAAGACAAAUGGAAAUAUCUGCAGUAGGCUAGGUCUUGCUGCAAGUGAGAAGGCUUUAUUACUGCCUCUAACUGCAGUUAUUUCGUAUGUUAUGAACUACUGAUCUAAUGUUUUUUUUCCCCUCGAUCAACCUGUUUUCUCUCCCUCCCUCUCGCUCUCCCGCCUCCCUCUCCCAGUGUGUGAGACUAAGAAUGGAACAAGCUGUGAGGAAUGUCUGACAAAUGUGACGGUGAGUCUGGGAUUAGUCUGGCACCCGAGUCAGGAACACUUUGGUUUUCCUGGUCCUGAUUCCCUCACUCUACCUCCUGCUCAUGGGUCUAACAGGGUCACAUAUGUUUUCUGGUCCUGAUUCCCUCACUACACCGCCUGCUCAUGGGUCUAACAGGGUCACAGAUGUUUUCUGGUCCGGAUUCCCUCACUACACCUCCUGCUCAUGGGUCUAACAGGGUCACAGAUGUUUUCUGGUCCGGAUUCCCUCACUAUACCGCCUGCUCAUGGGUCUAACAGUGUCACAGAUGUUUUCUGGUCCUGAUUCCCUCACUACACCUCCUGCUCAUGGGUCUAACAGGGUCACAGAUGUUUUCAUGUCCUGAUUCCCUCACUACAUCUCCUGCUCAUGGGUCUAACAGGGUCACAGAUGUUUUCUUGUCCUGAUUCCCUCACUACACCUCCUGCUCAUGGGUCUAACAGGGUCACAUAUGUUUUCUGGUCCUGAUUCCCUCACUACACCUCCUGGUCAUGGGUCUAACAGGGUCACAUAUGUUUUCUGGUCCUGAUUCCCUCACUACACCGCCUGCUCAUGGGUCUAACAGGGUCACAGAUAUUUUCUGGUGGACAUGAAUCAGCAUAUCAGCUCCACCCUCCACACCUAUCAGACAGGUUGGGGGACUAACUGAACACUCACCUCUGUCUCUCUGCCCUCAUUUCUCUCUCUGCAUCCCUCCAUCCUUGGCAUUGUGAACUCUAACCCUGCCAAUCCUGAAAUCCCUACCAAUUCAUAGUCCACGAAUACUGGCGUUAUGUUGACCUGUGUGUGUGUUACAGUGCCUGUGGUGUCAGAAGACUAAGAUGUGUAUCACAUACCCAGUGAGGACCAUCCUACCCCCCCACGCCCUCUGCCCCCUCAACGAUGCACGCUGGGGACGCUGCUGGGGUAAGAAAACAAACACACACACACACACACACCUCUGCUGGAGUAAGAACUAAUGUCCUGUGUGUGUGUGUGUGUGUGUGUGUCAGUGAACUUCCAGUCAUUGAUCAUCGCCAUGGCGGUGGUGGGUGGAGUCAUUAUCAUCGCCUUCCUGGUCUGCCUCUUCUGCUGCAAGUGUGAACGCAUCGGGUAUAGUGUACACACACACACACACACACACACACACACACACUGUUGAUUUGUGUAAUCUGUUUCCAAAACAGUUUGGGAUGAGGGGAUGAUGUUUUUUUGUUUUUUUAUCGUUGACUGUGUGAGUGUAUUUAUAUAAUGGUAUGUGUAUUCAUAUACAGUUUCGGCCAAAGUAAUUGGCAACCUUACACUUUUCUUAAAUAAGUCACUAUUUCUUAUUUGUUUAUUCAGAUCCCUGUUGUUGCCAAAGCAGCAGCUACUCUUCCUGGGGUCCACAAAAAAACACAAAACAUGACAAGUAACGAAACACUGAUAGACAAGAACAGUCACACAAAUUUAAAAUACAACAAUAUACAAACAAUACAACAAAAAAAUGAUGUGUUAGUGUGUCUGUGUGUGCAUGUGUUUGUGUGUGUUUCCCCUUUCUUCUAAAAUAGGUUGAAAUAAAAAAAAAUAUAUACUUUUGGUCUCCACACCUUGUUAUUAGAUUUUCGACAUUGCAGAAUACAUUUUAUUUUUGGAAACUUAAGUUGACAAUUUUAAUUUAGAAAAGACAAAUGGCAUGGACAAAAUGAUUGGCACUCCGGAGCUUAUACUUGGUUGCACAGCCUUUGGCCAAGGUAACUGCAGACAAACGCAUCUUGUAGCCAUUAAUGAUGUAGCCCACUUUUCAGCAGCAAACUGCUCUAAUUCUUCAAGGUUUGAGGGGUGCCCUCCUCAACUGCUGUUUUCAGAUCUCUCCAUAGGUUUUGGAUGUGAUUCAAAUCUGGACUCCUGGCUGGCCACUCCAGAACAGUCCAGCAUCUCUUCUUGAACCAUUCCUGGGUGUUUUUUCAUGUUUGGGGUCGUUGUCUUGCUGGAAGACCCACAGCAUUCAAUGGAGACCCAGUUUUUGGACACUGGGUUGAACAUUGGACAACAAAACAACUAAUAAUAUGCUGAUUUCAUGAUGCCUUGCACACGUUCAAUCAAACAUGGGGAGGUUCAAUAAUGCUGUGGGGUCGCUUUGCUGCCUCUGGUACUGGGGGUCUUGAACGUGUGCAAGACAUCAUGAAAUCAGCAGAUUAUCAAGGUGUUUUGGAGUGCAAUGUUCAACCCAGUAUCCAAAAACUGUGUCUCUGUUAAAGGUUGUGGGUCUUCCAGCAGGUCAACAACCCCAAACAUGCUUCAAAAGCACCUUGGAAUGGUUUAAGAAGAAACGCUGGACUGUUCUGGAGUGGUCAGACAAGAGUCCAGAACUGAAUCACAUCUGAAACCUAUGACGAGAUCAGUAGUUGGAGGGCACCCUUCAAACAUUGAAGUAUAAAAGCAGUUUUCUGCUGAAAAGUGGGCCAAAUGCCAGUCUAAAGUUGAAGCAAGCUCAUUGAUGGCUACAAGAAGCGUUUGUCUGCAGUUAUCUUGGCCAAAGGCUGUGCAACCAAGUACUAGCUCCAGGGUGGCCAUUUUGUCCAUGCCUUUUGUCUUUAUUUUCUCUAUUAAAUUGCUCAACUUUAGUUUACAAAAAUAAAAUAGCCUCUGCAAUGUUGAAAAUCAAUUUAAUUUAUUUGAAAAGAAAUAGGAAAUUAUUUAAGAAAGGUGCAAGGGUGCCAAUAUAUUUGGCCUCAACUGUAUAGUGUGUGUGUUUGAUUUGGCGUGGUCAAGUAAAGUGUGUAAUUCACACACACACACUGACCUACCCUCAUGGACUGACCUCCAGACACAUGUAUAAGUACUAAUCCGCCCUAACCUGUGUGUGUGUCAGGUCUACGAGGUUCGAUGCCAAGAUGGAUAGACGGGCCAAUAAGACGAAGGGAAAACAGGAAGAGAGGUAAGACGUCACCAUGGCACACGAACAUCUGUGUAUUUGUCUAUGUAUGUGAAGCAAUUUGCAACUAAAGAAAGUGUCAGUAUUUACAUGGCUUUGUGUUGUGUGUGUUGUGGUCAGCUGGCCUACUACAAAUCCCACAGGGAUAUAUGGUGAACAUUGCUCAUUCAAGCCCUGUGUGUGCUGUAUUUGACCUUACACUCAGAAUUAGAGGCAACAUAUCCUUUUAAUACCUGAAAAAAUAUUGUGUGUGUUUCAUUCCUCAGUGUGUCUAUCUGACAAUGUGACCGUGUUUGCGAUCAGAACAAGGCCCCAGGUUUCUUUUGUUAGUUUCAUAUCAGUUACAGCCAGAGCGACACAAAAGCAUUACUGGAACAAACCUUUACAUACGUCACAACCAAAGCUAACCGCCCAAACCGGUUUGUGCUCUACUCAUGACUUCUUACCUACCUGGCUGGUCUGAAAGGUUGUGCAUUCCUCUAAAAAUACUAUGUGUGCUUACAUGUGUGUGCGUCUAACCAGCUGGUUGUCUUUGUGUUAACAGGAAGGCAGAGAUGAAGACGAGGCAUGAGGAAAUCCGAACUAAAUAUGGUACGACUUGAGACACGCACACAAAUACACACACACACACACCACUCCUGUCAUGUUUCCUCAUUCCUGUCUGUGGAAAACCACCAUCACUACUCUGAUGGAAUUUGUUGUUAUGAAAGAUGAUCUCUAAUUCUUUCUCUCCUUCUCUCCCUCUUUUCCUCCCUCUAUCUCCGCCCCUCUCUCUCUCUCCUUCCAGGUCUCAGUGGGUCCAACCCAUACUCCAAAUUCUCCUGAGCUGCCUGCCUUCUCCUCACCUCUGACCUUUCAACCAACCCAACCCUUCUUCCCCUAAGGAAUGUUGACCUUGGUGACUGUUCUAUGCUCAGCUUACCCUACCCUAAACCAUUAAUCAUAAAAAUCUUAAAGAUGCGUUAUAAAGGUUUUGUAUAAUUUCAGACAAUAGCUUUGAAAGUAGCGCUCACAAACCAAAAUGGGUCCCCAUAAAUUGUGCACAAUUGUGUACAACGUAAUCUAUUUCGUAUGAUAUGUUGCAUCCUGCAAAAAUAGUAAUAAUAAUAAUAAUAAUGUACCUUAUUUAUACCAUCUACCUUCUGUGACUACCACUGUAUUAAAAACUCAUAUGAUGAUGGUGCUUAAGGGUUACUACUUGGUUAUAGGAGAUCUUGCCUAUGCUCUACUUGAUUGAGAAGAUGCACUCCAGAAAAGUUGACCAUAUCUAUGUAUUUUUAUCUGUGUACUCCAUCAAACAAACUUUUUUAUAGAUGUAUUGUUAUUCUAAUUUAAACCAGAAUUGUACUUAAUGAUGCACUUUGCAGAAAUUGCUCCGCCAUUUCCAGUUAACCUAAUUUCAGUUUAUGUGACAAA